AUGGCUUCCGUGUUGCUACUUCUUCCAGUGUUCGUGUGUGAUAUCUUAGCUUUUGGUCUUGCUGUUGCUGCAGAGCAGCGAAGAACCACCUGGCAAGUUUCUAGAGAAUCAAAAGAUUCUAGCUACUGUGUGUAUGACAAGGACAUCGCAACGAAUCUCGGAAUCGGAUCUUUCUUGAUCUUAUUAGCGAGCCAGAUCUUGAUUAUGGCGGCGAGCCGAUGUUUAUGCUGUGGAAGAGCCUUGGCACCAAGCAGGUCAAGAUCUUGUGCCAUUGCUCUCUUCAUCACCACCUGGGUGUUCUUCAUCAUAGCGGAAGUGUGUUUACUCGCGGGCUCAGUGCGAAACGCUUACCAUACAAAGUACCGUGUCUACUUUGGAAACACCACAGCUUCUCCUUCUUGUCAUUCACUGAGGAAAGGUGUGUUUGGAGCUGGAGCUGCAUUCAUUGUGCUCACAGGGAUUGUCUCUGAGCUUUACUACGUGAGUCUUACGAGAGCCAAAGAGUUUCAAGCUCCUAGAGAUCCCGGUAUUCCAAUGAGUAGCCUGUAG